ACCUUUUCGCCGCUUGGAUGAGAACGGAGACCUGCAGUGGGAUAAGAUCAUCAAGCUAGAGAAGGGACAGGUCUACAAGCAGGGGAACCUGUUUGAUUUCCUGCGGCUGACCGGUUGGCGAGGAUCGAAGGUCUUCUACUUUGGCGACCACCUCUACAGUGAUCUGGCAGACCUAAUGCUUCGUCAUGGCUGGCGUACUGGGGCUAUCGUUCCAGAGCUGGAGACGGAGACCAAGAUCGUCAACACAGAGCAGUAUUCUCAGUCCCUGACGUGGCUACAAGCCCUCACUGGCCUGCUGGAACGUAUGCAGAUGUUCCGGGAUUCAGAGUCCCAACAGGUGCUCCAAGACUGGAUGAAGGAGAGGCAGGAGAUGAGGGCUGUCACCAAGAACUUGUUCAACCCGCAGUUCGGCAGCAUCUUUCGAACUUGCCACAACCCCACCUACUUCUCCCGCCGGCUCUGCCGCUUCUCAGACCUCUACAUGGCUUCCAUCAGCUGCCUGCUCAAUUACGACCUGCGCUACACCUUCUUUCCCCGCCGUACCCCUCUGCAGCACGAGGCCCCGCUCUGGAUGGACCAGCUGUGCACGGGCUGCAUGAAGACCCCCUUUCUGGAGGAGAUGGCCCAUAUUCGCUAG